CCGUUCUCAUCCGCUGACUAUCAAUCGCGUGCCGACGACCGUCAAACGUGUACGAAAGAAAACCGUCUCUCUCGAGCCGUUCACGUCUCCGCGCGAACACGUCGGUCGAAAUCGAAAUCGCCCUACCGAGGUGAGCCAGAGGUGCCGAGUGCACGGCGUCGACGUCGUCUUCCGAGUCGGAAUGGCCCUGCGGGCGUUUAUGUUGUUUGGGUUCGUCUGGUGUUUCGGACACGCAGCGCAAUACGUGCCAAUCGAGGGCGUGGACGGCAACGAUUGCGCCGUCGUACUUGAAGGGUCGAAACAUUUCAUUUACAACAGUGGGAAGGGUUUGCCUCCCCGCUCAGCGGCUCACAUGUGCAUCACGUACGACACGGUCAACAGAGCUUUUUUAGACGUUCAAAAUCGGCACAUGUUACAGGAACCGAAUGAUCAAUGGGGACCAAUACACUUCGCUAGACUCGGGGAGCUGCUUUUGGAUGUCUCUCAAGUACUGGCAAAAAUGUACGACUUGACCACCGAAGACGUGAACAAAUUCUUGCCAAUGAUAGACACGUCCAAGACGCUCAUACGGAACGUGUGCCCAUCGUGUUUGUCAAGAGUGGCUUGCAAGUCGGGAAAAUACCGCAGGGCCGAUGGACUGUGCAACAACAUGUACAAUCCUACUUGGGGCGCCACAAUGUCUACGUUCAAUCGAUUAUUGCCUCCAAGGUUUGCCGACAAGUUUUCCGUUCCCAAGGUUUCGGCUUCCGGUGAUCCAUUGCCUUUAGCUCGAAUCGUGUCCCGAACGAUUCACCCAGAUGAGGGUCUGCACGAACACGCUGGUACGGUCAUGUUAGUGGCCUGGGGACAGUUCAUGGAUCACGACCUUACGCUAACAGCUACACCAUUGGAUCCAGUGAACAGAAACGAACCCGAGGAAUGCUGUGGUCGUCCUGAUCAUUUGAAAAACAAAUACUGUUACGAGAUAAAAAUUCCAGAAGACGAUAAUUUUUAUAAAAACCACAAUGUCAGAUGCCAAGAUUUCGUGAGAGCCUUUCCAGGUGUCAAACCCGACUGUACACUAGGGACCCGGACUCCGUUCAACUUGUUAACUCCUGUAAUCGACGGUAACACCAUCUAUGGAGUAGAUGAAACUUUUUCUAGGUACCUGAGAUCUGGAUUUACGGGACAAUUGAGGAUGAACCCAGCAUUCGCGAAUUUAGGGCUAAAAGAACUUUUACCUAUGAAACUGAAUAUUCCAGACGAAGGAUGUAUUAGGUCAAACAAUUCUCAGUAUUGUUUUGAGUCAGGAGAAAUUAGAGUGAACGAACAACUUGUUUUAACUUGCAUUCAUACGAUAAUGGCCAGAGAACACAACCGUGUAGCAAAAGAGCUAUCACAAAUUAAUCCACACUGGAACGAUGAAAUGCUUUAUCAAGAAUCCAAGAGAGUAGUCGUGGCAGAAAUACAACACAUAACGUUCAAUGAAUUUCUGCCAAUACUUUUGGGUAAAGAAAUUAUGGACAAAUAUGAUAUAACAAAUAAAAAACGGGGAUAUUGGAAUGGAUACGAUUCAAACACGAAUCCUAACAUACUGGCUUCGUUUUCGGCAGCUGCUUUUCGUUUUGGUCAUUCAUUAUUACCGAACACCAUCGAACGUUGGAGCAAAGCACAUGGUUUCAUCGCAUCCAAAAAACUAUCGGACUUGAUACGUCGACCUUUCGAUCUGUACAGAGCGGGAGCGAUCGAUGAAUACCUUAUGGGCCUAAUGAAUCAAGUAGCUCAGGCGAUGGAUGACUCAAUCACAAAAGAAGUUACUAAUAAUUUAAUUAAAAAGCCUGGUAAAGGGUUUGGUUUCGAUCUGGUGUCAUUCAACAUACAAAGGGGUAGAGAUUUCGGAUUACCUGGUUAUAUGGAAUACAGACGGUACUGCGGACUUCCCGUAGCCAACAGAUUCGAAGAAAUGGUGGGAUUUAUGCCAAAUUCCACCAUUCAACGAUACCAGAUGGUAUAUUCGUCACCGUUUGACAUCGAUUUGUGGUCCGGUGGCGUUUCCGAGAAACCAGCAACCGGAAGCGUGGUUGGGCCGACUUUUAGCUGCAUUAUAGCUUCGCAAUUUAGUUUAUUGAAAAGAGGUGAUCGGUUUUGGUACGAGCUGCCAGACCAACCAUCAUCUUUCACACCAGAUCAAUUACAAGAGAUUAGAAACGUCAGGUUGGCUCGUUUGGUUUGCGACAACACUGAUAUCAUAGACACAGUUCAAAUGUAUCCAAUGGUGUUAUCAGAUCAUGAACUGAAUCCUAGAGUUCCGUGCAGAAGCGGUGUAAUACCUAGGAUGGAUUUGACUAAAUGGGCUGACACUUCGUUGGAUACAGCUGAACCUAACACUAGACUUUCGAACGUCGAGAACAAUCUUAAGUCCGGUAUGACGGAAGCGAAGAUAUUGUUCUGCGAGAACUGUAACGCGACGGUAACGGACACGGGUAUUGGAUCGGUAGACCCCGGAACACGGGUGAUCACCAUAAUCGAAGCGACGGACGAGUUGGACGGCAACGCGGUGAUGAGUUCGAACGCCAUAUCCGGCGAUAGGAGACUUAAAAGAGGGGUGGAAGCCGUUUCGUUGGCCGGCAACGACACAGCGUCAGAGGACGGUCCGGCGCUCGCGGACGAGAUGAUCGACGUGAACCUGGACGUGCCCAGGGCGACGCCGGUCAAACGUUUCGCCGACCGCAUCCAACCGGACAUGACGCAGGCGAUCAUGGAACAACGGUUGGACUACGACGUGAACGAAGAGUUCCGGGCGGCCAGCGGGCACGGUUACGACACGCCGCGGAUCGGGCCGGCGAACAGGUUCCGCGGUCGCGGUCACGCUUACAGGCCGGGCCCGCUGGGCGAGUCGUCCGAAUCGGCGGAGGAGCACCUGGAGGACGCGGACGGCGACGACUCGGACGACGGCGAUCACAACUCGCACUACGAGUACGUGCCCAUGGAGUUCGACGACGAAGGGAACCACAGGCCUCUGACGUUGCCGAACUUCUUGGACUCGAAGAAACCCGCCAAGUCCAGCAGGUACGGCGCGCCGUACAAGAAGCCGUACGCGCGCCCGUCCAACUACCGUUCCGGCGGUUUCGGCAACGGUCCGCCGCCGCCGUCGUCGUCGUCGUCGUCGUCGUUACCCGUGCACGGCCACGACUUCGUGCCCUUGCGGGGCACCGGCGCCGGAGGAUACUCGUACGGCACCGGUUUGCCCGGCAAGAACUUCGACGACUACCACGACGGGCCGUCGUCGUACCACCAUUCGUCGUCGUCGGACGGGCCCAAGUCGUUCGUGUCGAUGAGCAGCAACCUGAACGAGGACGAUCUCGACGGGGUGAUCAACAUCGAUCACGGGCGCGCCUACGACCCGUCGUCCGACGAUCGCCGUUACCGUCCGUCGUCGCCGUACGGCGCCCAAUCGUCCAGCCAUUACCGGUCGGGCGAUCCGCUGCACCCGUUGCGCAACUACCACGCGUCCGAUCACCAGAACGAGCACAUGUACGACCGGCUCAGGCAAGAGUACCAGAGGAAGAGCAGCGUGAACCCGGUGGCGUCGCUGUCACCGUAUUUCCAACAUUACAACGAUUACAACGAACCGUCGUCGACGUCGGUCCAGUCAAGACGGUACGACGUGGACGCCGACGGCGGUGACGACGGUAAAAAGGCUUACUGGUCCAUGUCGUACACGCAAGGCACAUAGCCGACCACCACCACCACCACCACCACCACCACCACUGACCACCGCAACCGCAACCGCCACCGCCACUACAACUACCACCCGUACACCGUCACUACCACAGCGAUUACUGCACUACCUGACAAUAAAUGAUAAGACUUUAAGUUAAUUUUUUUUAUCCGUAACGGAAAGUUACCUGAUUUAUUUUAUUACGUUAUUACGUAU